UCAAAACUCGUCAUAUUUAUUUCCACACACGAUGAGUAUCAAUGUUCGGAUGUUGUGAAGAAAAAGGAUUCCAAAUUUCACGGUUUGAAGAGAUAUACGACGACAAAAACUACUUUCAGAGGAUCUUGUUGAAGAAUGGUGCCGAUAGAUAGUAGCCAGCUGGUUCCAUUAAACGAUACCUGUACCGCUGAUCUUCCCAAGAUCCUUUGCAUCAUUUAUGACAUCACCAACCCGCAAUGGCAGACGUGCAAGUUCACCGUCACGCUGCCGACGUCGACGACCGCCGCGGAACUCUGCGAGGAGGUGGCCCGUCAGGCCAACUACGAACCAGACACGUUUGAGCUGUACUGGCAGAGAGGAGGAAAAGAUGGCAAUGAUGAUGUUCUCAUGAGCGACAAGGGUCAAAGUUCACUGGGCGAGCUCGGCCUGCUUACAACGGGAAGGAAUCUAUUCAACUUGCAAGACAAAGAUGGCACCCAGCCAGUCCCUAUACAGGCUGGGGCAAGCGGAACCACGACAUCUCCUAGCGACAUCGAUGCCUUGAACCUAGCGACAGAUGAUACAAGUCCGAUCAUCACAGCGACUUCCGAUACGAGCUCGCUCUCAUCGGAUUACUCCUCGUACGUCCCGUACUCCUCUGCGGUCAUUGGACGAUCCGAAACUGGUUUUGUUGGUCUUGUCAACCAGGCUAUGACAUGCUAUCUCAACAGUCUGAUGCAGACGCUCUACAUGACCCCGGAGUUCCGGAACGCCGUCUACAAAUGGGAGUACACCGACACACAAGAGGAGCCGUCUAAGAGCAUCCCGUAUCAGCUCCAGCGCCUCUUCAUCCAGCUUCAGACGAGCAAGAAAAGGUCGAUAGAGACGACAGAUGUCACACGCAGCUUUGGGUGGGACAGCAGUGAAGCUUGGCAACAGCAUGAUGUGCAGGAGCUGUGUAGGGUCAUGUUUGAUGCUCUGGAAAAGAAAUGGAAGAACACGGAUCAGAGUGAUCUAAUAAACCAGCUAUACCAGGGUCAGAUGAAAGACUAUGUCAAGUGUUUAAAGUGCGGGUAUGAAAGUGCAAGAACCGAUGCAUUCCUGGACAUCCCGCUGGUGAUCAGACCGUUUGGUGCAAACAAGGUCUACAGCAGUGUUGACGAAGCAUUACAAGCCUUUGUUGAGCCUGAGACAUUGGACGAGAGCAACCAGUAUUUCUGCGAAAAGUGCAACAUGAAAUGCGACGCUCACAAGGGACUCAAGUUUCAACGCUUUCCUUACCUCCUCACCCUACAACUCAAACGAUUCGACUUUGAUUAUAGCACCAUGCAUCGCAUCAAACUCAAUGACAAAAUGACGUUUCCCGAGAUCCUUGACUUGAAUGCAUUCGUGGAAAACGAGGCCGACUCACAGGGGGAACCCCCUACACAGACGACGACGGUUCAAGCAUACGUGGAAGGGGAGACGCAGUCCGACAGCGGAGCGGAGAACGAGGACGGGAGCCCCAGCAGUCAGAGUCAAGAGAAUUCCCUAGAGGACGCCCUCGACGAGGGGAUCGUCAUGGAACAGACGUCCACCGCAAUGACCAAUCACAGGAACGAACAAGAGAGACAGACGAGGGGGCCCUUCAUGUACGAGCUCUUCUCCAUCAUGGUGCAUUCUGGGACGGCAUCUGGUGGACAUUAUUACGCCUAUAUCAAAUCCUUUACUGAUGGUCAGUGGUACUGUUUCAACGACCAGCACGUAACACGGAUCACCUAUGACGAUAUCCGCAAGACCUAUGGCGGAGAGCCGACGCACUAUCGGGGCUACUACUCUAGUUCUUACACCAGCUCAACCAACGCGUACAUGUUAAUGUACAGGCAGAUUGACCCCCUUCGCAAUGCAAGUUUCAUGAAUGCGGAUAACUUCCCGAGUCACAUAUCACAUCUCUCCACGGGACUCUACCAGGAAGAGGAAGAGGAGAAGAGACAGAGAGAGAUAGAGAGAAACACGUGCAAGAUCAAGCUAUUUGGAGUUCAUCCGGUGACGGGAAAAAGCAUUGAGACAAGACUAGAGGUGCAUAAGGAUAGGACUUUAACGGAGGCUACACAAAUUGGCCAUGAGUUACUUGGAUAUGAUGGUGUGAUACCGGUUGAGCAGUGCCGUAUGGUCAAGUAUGAUGAGUUUCACGAGUCGCUGGAGAGAUCAUACGAGGGGGAAGAGGACACGCCCAUGGGUCAACUCCUCGGAGGGGUCAAGGGGUCGUACAUGUUUGACCUUCUGAUGGAGACAAGGACAGCAGAGCACCAAUUCCAGAGCUAUAAACCAGGAGGUGUGACAAUCAAAUUAUUUGUUGUUGACCUGAGGCAAGAUGAAAUCCGCAAUCCCAUCACGACGAGAGCCUACCAUCAAACGACAAUCGCAGAUCUUAAGCAACAGAUUGAAGGGUUAACAGGUCUACCAUCCAGUAAGAUGCGCCUCGUACUAGAGAAAUACUACAACGAGCUCCGUCUUCUCACCGUCCCUAGCAAGAAUCUGAAAUCAGAGGGAUUCAGUAAAUGCAAUAAGGUUUUUGUUGAGGCCAGUGGUCUGGAAGAUGUGGAUUCUGAAUUUCCAAGUUCCCAGCUCUACACUCUACUUGAUAGAUAUGCCAACACAAUCCGUCUUCUUGUAUCACUACCACCACCGCUAGGAGAAGAGGAAGACAGUUCCAAAGAUGAAGUGUCAGAGACGAGUUCAUCAAUAGACUCAGUGGCAGAGAAAUUCUCUGACCUUCAAGUAGAGACCGGAGGCCUCUCUCCCAACAAAAUCCCAACGCCGAGCCCAACGGGAAGUUCCUCAACGCUGAGCGACGAUCACCCGCUGGAGAAGAACGGUGUGAAUUUAGUGGGUAGUGAAACGGACAGUGGAGUUGUGUCACUGAAUGAAGCUCGUCUUACAGAUGAACAACCAGGAGAGGAUGAUAAUGUAUUAGGAGAUGAACUCCGUGGGGAACCCGAUGGCGGGUGUGACAGUCCAAAAGAAAAGCAAAGCAUUGUGGACCCUUUGAAUGCUCAAGAAUUAACUGAUGCGUUAAACGCAGCGAGGCCAGUUGCGAGCGAUUUAACUUCUCCGCAUCCGCCCAAGGAUGCAAGUCACAGAGACAAAGGGGAAAGCGCCCCCAGAGUUCCCUCUUUAUCUAGCCAGAGACAAAUCGCCAAGAGCCACUUGACGUUGCCGGUGGCGUCGCAAUCGCAGGCAGCGGCUUCCUGCACGGAAUGCGGGAAGCUGCAGGUGCCCGACGCGGGCAGCCUUCGUCCCCGGGCCAUGAGCCCGCUUCCGGGACCGCUCAACCCUCAGAUCAUGGACGCUAUUCAUAGGCGGAGGGACGCGGUGGAUCAAUCGUGUGAGAGGGGUGCAGACGGGAUGGAGCCGGGCUUUAUAGGUCCUAGUGGACCCCCUUUAGGGUAUGCUGAACCGCCUAAUGUAGACUCAGAUCAGGAACUCAGUGAAGCGGUUAGAACGCAAAGGAAGAAGAAGAAUUGGUACUUCAAGCCUUUAGAACUCUCAGAUACGGAGGAAGGCAGAGUGUUAGUGGUAAACCUUGACAGGCGGAUGUCCUUAGGAUUCUUCAAAACGUGCGUUGAAACACACGUAGGAACAACAGCACUCAAUUUCAAGGUCUACAGAGUGUAUGCCAACAAUCAAGAGUUUGAGAGUAUCCGAUUGAACGAGACAUUGCAAUCGUACAGCGAUGAUAGUAGGAUAGUCAUCAAACUAGGUAGAGCUCUGCGGAAGGGAGAGUAUCGCGUCAAUAUCCAUCAAUUACAAGUUAACUCAAAUGAGCCCAUCAGGUAUCUCUUUGACUGGGUGUUUGCUAAAGGUAUGACUGUCUUACAGUCAAAGAAAGAACUCCUUCCAGAACUCAAGAAGAAAUGUGGAAUAGAUGUCCCUCUAGACAGGUUACGUUUACGGAAGAAGUCAUGGAAGAACCCUGCCACCAUAUUCCUCAACGACCGAAUCUACGAAGAAGAUAUCCCAAUCUUCACCAACUGGGAAGUCUUUGUGGAGCUCCUAGAUAGACCAGAGCAAGUGCAGUCGUCAUCUCAGCUGGCAUUGUAUGUCAGGCGAUGGCGCCCUUCAGAGAUGAAGCUAGAUCCCUUUGAGGAAGUGAUUCUUGACGAUACCAAUGUCACGGAUCUGAAGGCAGCGCUGGCAGACAUUAGUGGAAUCCCCGUGGAGAGCAUCGAGUUUGCCAAGGGUCGGGGGACGUUCCCCUGCGAGAUCUCCCUCCUAGAGAUGAACACAGACCUGGAAUGGGAGCCUAGGGUCACUGCGCUUAAUACGUGGCCUCUCUACAUCACAGAUGAUGGGACCGUCAUUUACUACAGAGACAAUCGGGAGGAGCUGAAAGAGUUGCAAGAAGAAGAGAAAAGAGAGAUACAGAAGAAAGAAAAUGCAAGGUUAUCGAAGACUGGUCAGAAGGUGACCUAUUCGCCUCGGAAGGAGAGAGCGCUAAAGAUCUACACCGAUAGCCCUCCCCCAUACAGUGCAAUCAACUAAUACUACAAUCUUACACCAUAGAUAACACCAUAGGUAACACCGUAUUUAACACUGAUUAGCAAAAUCAUGCCAGAUGGGGAUGAAACAUGAUCUUCUGCUAUUAAACCUAAAGGAAGUUCCUGUUACUGUGACAAUUGCUAGUAUGAUGUCUCUUAAUUUUCCUCAAACCUUAAGUUCAAAUUACUGCAAAAGAAUAAUGUACUUUGGCACCAUGUUUAACACUAAUUAUUGAGCAAGAUUAUACCAGGGAGUGAUGAAACCAGGUUUAGUCCUUAAAUGUUAUGCCACAGAAAGUCCCCUGAAACAUUUAGUUCAAAACACUGUAAAAGAAGAAUGCCCGAUUACACCUUAUUUAACACUGAAGCAUUAGUAACAUUGUACCAGGUAGUACUGACACCAGUAUAUGUUAUGUUACAGAAAGUAUAUGUACAUGUAUCUGAUCAUUUUUAGUAUGACAUCUCUCAAUAUCUCCCAAAAUGUUAAGUUCAAAACACUCCAAAAGAAGAGUGCAUUGAUUAAUACACAAUUUUUGCAGGAUAAAAACCAGGGGUGGUAUUCUGAAAACAUUCUUAUCUCUUUUCUUUGUAAUCGAUACAAGUAAGGUUCCUGCACUUAUAGCGAAAUUUGAUUUGUAUCAUGUUGUACCAGACUUCAAAUACCGACAAUUGCUUGUUUUAGUCUGAUGCAUGUCUAGGCCUGUUUUCCUUUUCCUAUAGCAAACUUGUCUCAAUCAAUCGAACAUAUGUACAGAGCUGCCAACUGAUACUGAUUCUCAGUAUUUGGAACUGAAAAAUUAGAAGAAUGCUAAUAGUUUCACGCAAAAUACUGACUCCUAAACUUUUGGUUUAACCCUUUGUGUGCUGAUGUUGCAAUCUUGCACAUUUGUACAAUUAAAUUCAACUGUCGUAAUAAUUAGUUUUCUCCCCUACCUUCAAAUUAGAUAAGCUAGUAAAAGGCAAUAGUUCUUGGAUAACAUCUAUAUAAUGUCAAGUAUCAAUGGUGCAAUAUGGAAAUCUUGAAUUAAAGAAAACAACAUGGAAAGAAUUGUCAUAAUUA